UUUGUCAACAUAUUUUGGACUUUUUUAACCAAUUUAAAAUUUAUUCACUACUAAUAUUUCAUGGAAAAUAAGAAGUUAGUGAUAUUUAGCCUUUGUUCGUUUGAGAUUUUCAACAUUUAGCUGUUGGUGACACUGUAACGCAGGUGUGUUGUUAUUUUCUCCGUGGUGGGUGUGGUUAUGUUGUCAUAAACUGAUCAUUUAAUUAAUUUACACCAAUUUUAACAAAUAUGAGGACAUUAUCAAGCUGCUUUAUCUUGUUGGCUUUUAUAGAUCUCGGUUUGACUUUAGAAUGUUAUGUUUGUGAUAAUCAGGAGGAUAACAAAGGCAAAUGUGUGACAACAAUUAAAACAUGCGAAUAUGGGGAAAAUGUUUGUUUAACUGAGAUUAAGUGGGGAAGCACACCCUACUGGCAACAAGGAGCCUUAAAGCAGUAUUACGUUUCAAAGAAAUGUGCUACGAAAGAACGGUGUGAAAAUUAUAGAAAAAGUAACAUGCCUUAUUGCACACACAUUUGGUAUCAAGACUGGAAGUGUUCUGAAUGUUGUAAAGGUGACAGAUGUAAUUAUUACAUUAUUUCAGGAUCAAGCAGGACACCCGUUUAUGCAACAGCAUUUUUUACUACUAUUCUUUUUAGUAUACUUUACAAAAUUUUGUAACCCGGUUACAAAGUCAUAUCUCAUGUUAGUGCGAAAUAAUCCGUCCGUUUUUUUGUAUGAUUAUUUUUUAUUAAAACAUUUUUAUUAAUAAUGCAUUUAUUCGUACAG